AUGCAUCACUGGGCAUCGGCACUCAUGAUCGUGAUUCCACUCAUACCUACUGUGCAUCGAGAAGUAUCACUUGUCAAGAACAGAGAGGUGCACUUGCUGUAUUCCUUUGCAGAGCUAGCAAGUCACCAUACUGAUUUUUCUCAGUCAUCAAAAGAUGAUCUUGCAAAGCUGACAACACUGAUACAGCUAUGGUCUGUCAUGGAUAUCCCUACAGACAGCACUCACCCAAUGAAUAUCUAUCACUCAUCCAUUCAUGACUACAUUUAUGACCCCUCCAACUGCGGCCUCCCUCAAGUAUGCAACAUCACAUCACCCCACUCCUUACUUGCACAUUUGUCUCUCCACUUGAUGACAGAGAUUACAGAAAGCACGGCUCUCUUGGAUGCACUCUCAGAACUGGAGAAACAGAUUAGCCACCAGAGCCACUGUCAGUUCUCAUUUGUAUGCUAUGGCUUCGAGGAGAUCAUGCUUCAGAUUUACAAUAUUGGCUGGGGACCAUGGAUGGGUGUGCUGACCACAAAUGGGCAAACUGGCUGCAGACUGCGGGAGGAUGAGACUGGUUGUAGACCAUUACCAACGACCUACCUUAUAAGCUUGCUCAAUCACAUAACCUAUGCUAACAAUCUCCACUUGAUGAGACACUUGGGUGGUUUGAGAGAGCAGCAGUAG